AUGGUUCCUCCAACUCAGACGUUGAAUUUGGAUAUUGAGGCAAUUAGUGGGAUUUGCGGGUCAAUAUCUCUUGCUUGUUGGAUUGUAGUAUUUUCUCCUCAGAUUAUUGAAAAUUUCCGCCGCGGGUCAGCUGAUGGCUUGAGCGUGCGUUUUAUCGUUGUGUGGGCUGCUGGAGAUGUCUUCAAUAUUCUUGGAGCAAUACUGCAAGGAGUGCUUCCUACCAUGGUACAUGUCCCUCCAGCUACCCCACCUAUCAUCCUGGCAAUCUACUACCUCAUAGCAGACAUAGUCCUCCUCGGCCAAUGCUUCUACUACCGCGGCUUCACCUGGCACGACGACCCCAACCCGCCCCCGAAACCCACCAUCGUCACAAACGUAGGCGAACCCUCCGAGACCUCCGGACUCCUGCAUCCACCCCGCGGCCCAGAACGCCACUCCAGCAUCUCAGGCUCGCACCUCUCACCUGCCGUCCCGCUCCUCGACGCCUCAUCGCCCGCUCCCGCAAACGCGAGGCCAACGACCCGUCUGCAAGCCGUACUCUUCAACUUCGUCGCGAUCCUCAUGGUCUGCAUCGCCGGUGUAUUCGGCUGGUGGCUUUCGGAACGCAGCAGUUCAAGCCAUCACCCGACCACACAUCACGAAAACCACCACCACGACUCAGAAGUGCAGUUCUCGCUCUGGGGCCAGAUCUUCGGGUACCUUUGCGCGGCACUCUAUCUGGGAUCACGCGCUCCCCAGCUCCUUCUAAACUACCGCCGCAAAUCCACAGAGGGCAUCAGCAUGCUUUUCUUCCUAUUCGCGUGCAUUGGGAACCUGACAUACGUAUUGAGUAUUUUUGCAUAUGAAGCACAUUGCGAGGAUAAGCAGGGGAGAUGCAGGAAAGGAGAGGCGGCGAGUCUGUAUGGGCGAUAUAUUGCAAUGAAUGCGUCGUGGCUGGCUGGCAGCCUGGGGACGCUCCUGUUGGAUCUGGGGAUUUUCGUGCAGUUCUUUUUGUAUAGGGAGAGGGAAGUGGUGGUCGAGGAGAGGCUUGAGAAUGGGAGGGGGCGGCACGAGAGGCCGUUGUUGGAGAGGGGCGAUUCGAACUAUCAGUAG